AGUGGAGGGAAUAGGCGGUAAUUGGGACGUCAACAUCCCCUUUGGGGUCAUGGCCUCUGGAAGUUAUAUUCUUGCUCGAUCGUUUAAUUGCACGUCACCCAAUUGCAUCCUCCACCAUUACCACAGAAGAAAGAAUUAGAAAGAAUUAGAGAUCAGACCGGUGGCGGCGAUGGCCGGUCGGAUUCCAUGUCUGAAAGUCAUCCACCUUCUGCUGCUGAGCUUCUUGAUGGUUCCUUUCCUCCUCUUGCUGACUCUGCAAAGAACACGGAUGGAUCCUCUCUCCCUCUUGAAUUUGCAGGUAUCCACGAGAGCAAGUUUAAAGUUCAAAGUGCUUGAAGAGAGCACAAGGAUCAUCGAUGAAGGCGAUGGCGAAAUGGCGGGGAAAGCAAUUGCUUUGAGAUCAGAAACAGGAGGAGGAGGAGGAGGAGGAAACGAGGAAAGCGCACUGCAUUCUGUGAUUCAGGAACAGAGCAACAACAAUACUGAAGUAAACACGGAAGAUCUUGCGGCAAACAAAGAACUAGAGCAGCAUCGUCAUGUAGCGGAUGAUACGGUUUCGAAGUCGACGAUCGCCUGCGACUUCUCUCAACGCCGGACGGACACGUGCGUGCUGCACGGCGACGUCAGAAUCCUCCCCUCCUCCUCCGUCGUCCUCGUCAGGACGCCGCACGACACCCUGCCGGAGAACGCCGCGUACUCCCUCCGCCCCUACGCUCGCAAGUGGGAAACGCCGGUCAUGGAACUGAUCCGGCCAAUCUCCAUCGGCGCCGUCUCUGCCGCCCAGGAAUGCGGCGUCCACCACGCCGUCCCCGUCGUGGUCUUCUCCACCGGAGGAUUCGCCGGCAAGAACUUCUUCCAUGAUUUCUCCGACGUCCUCAUCCCCCUCUUUAUCACCUCCUUCCACUACCGCGGCCGCGUCCAGUUCCUGAUCACCAAUUUCAACAGGCGUUGGGUCGGCAAGUACGCCGUGAUCUUGAGCCGCAUGUCCGACUACGAGGUCAUCAACCUCGACGGCGACGAGAGGGUGCACUGCUCCGGGAAGGCCCACGUCGGGCUGAUGAGCCACAGCGAGCUGGUCAUCGACCCGGCGAGGACGCCGGGCAACUACUCCAUGGCGGACUUCAGGGAGCUCCUGCGGUCGAGCUUGUCGCUGAAGAGGAGAUCGAUCGGAGAGGGGAAGAAUUAUUAUUCCAAGCCGAGGUUGCUGCUCAUGCUCAGAAAAGGGUCGCGAGAGUUGACCAACAAAAGGGAGGUCGUCGCGUUGACUCGGAAAUUGGGGUUCAAGGUGAUCGUUGCAGGGCCGGAGCAGACUAAGAACCUGUCGCGCUUCGCCGGCGUGGUGAACUCCUGCGCCGUCAUGAUGGGGGUCCACGGGGCGGGGUUGACCAACAUGAUAUUUCUCCCGGAGAAGGCCACGCUGGUACAGAUCAUCCCGUGGGGCGGGCUGCGGUAUGCCUGCAACCACGACUACGGCGAUCCGACGGCGGCGAUGGGGAUCAGGUACUUGGAGUACGAGGUGGGGAGGGAGGAGAGCUCGCUGGUGAAGCAGUAUCCGAAGGAUCACCCGGUGUUCACGGAUCCGGAAUCGGUGCACCGGCAGGGAUGGAACGCGAUUUGGGCGGUGUUCCUCAACAGACAGAGCAUAAAGCUGGACGUGAAGAGGUUCAAAGGGGUGUUGCAGGAAGCCAUGCGAUCUCUUCUUCCUCGAUGAUAAAUUGAGUGGACAAUUGGUUUUGGAUUGGUUGGAUUUAAUUUGAUUUUAGUCGUGUCGAUCCCAUUUAAACAAUAAUUAAAAAUGUCAAAUUCGAUUGAAAAUAAGUUUAUA